UCCCUCCGAGUUCCCAGGGAUCGCAGAUCCACUGCUGGUAGAACUAUGGUCCCCAUAUUGCACGGCUUCCCGACCCCCCCGAGUCCCGACAGCCCCUUAGAUUGUCGUGAGGCUCCUAUCGGCAGCGAAAACCCUCGCGCCCCGGUGAAGAAGCGUAAGAGCCCGAGAUACCGGAGGCAGCAGUCCCUGCAGCUCCACCAGCUCCCGCGUCGGCUCCCGCGUCCGUUUUCGGGCGACUCGGGGGUAUAUGAUCUGUUCGAAUCGCCUUCUAGUUCUAGCUCCAGCUCCGGCUCCUGCUGUGGCUCCGGCUCGAAUGACACCCAGAGUCCAGCUCCCCGGGCCCCGCGCUGCAGCCAGCCUGCCUAUCCCGGACUUCUGAGCAGCCAGCUGGACAUGCAGGUUUUCCAAGACUACGGGCAGAGCUGCUACACCUUCCGCAAGGAACUGGAGAGCCAAUUCCACCCGCGCGAGUGCCUGGCCCAGCAGCCCCAAGUGACAGCAGAAUCCCGUUGUAAAUUGCUCAGCUGGUUGAUCCCUGUGCACCGACAAUUCGGCUUCACUUUCGAGUCCCUGUGCUUGACUGUGAACAUCUUGGACCGCUUCCUCAGCACCACCCCGGUGGCUGCCGACUGCUUCCAGCUGCUGGGAGUCACCUCGCUGCUUAUCGCUUGCAAACAGGUGGAGGUGCAUCCGCCUCGGGUAAAGCAGCUUCUGGCCCUGUGCGGCGGCGCCUUCACCAGCCAGCAGCUCUGCAACCUGGAGUGCAUUGUGCUUCACAAGCUCCGUUUCAGCCUCGAGGCGCCCACCAUCGCCUUCUUCUUGGAGCACUUCACCCACUUUCGGGUGGCUUCCCGGGAGGCAGAACUCGGUGACGCCGCCGACGCCUAUGCCUUGGCCAAGGGGGUGGCGCAGCUGAGCCUGGCCGAUUACACCUUCACCAGGUAUACUCCUUCCCUCCUGGCCAUCUGUUGUCUUGGGCUGGCAGACCACAUACUCAAACAUCGAAAACCUCUGGACCUGCACAUAAGCAAUUACCCGGAAGCGGAGCUUCAGGACUGCCUGGGGAAGCUGCAGCUUCUGGUGUCUUUGAAUAGAGAGGCUUUACCCCAUAUCUUGCCCUCGCCCCUCUCGGAGAAAUGCAAAUCUUCCGACCCAAAAUUAAAACUAGAGACCCCGGCUGCAGGGUCCGGCUCUUCCCCCUCCUCCAGCAAAGCGAGCAGUAGCGAGUGCUAGACGAAAUGCAUCAACACUAUGACUAUUGCCUUCUCUUUAUACCUCAGAAAAGAGCAGUGUUGCCUUUAGGGGCGUAGGAGACUCCGACUUCAGGAUUCUGGGUGAUUUGGUUCCUGCAAGGAGCAGUCUAGUUUAGAAAUGGGAAACUUGCUAACCUGCAUGUGUUCACUUGCAUUGGCAGAUUGAUGCAAGAUAAUCGAAUCACUCCGUUUAUUUAUUUAAAGUAGUGGACAAUUAAGAGUUAUUAGGAAGCAAUAAUCCCCCAACCCAAUAAAUAUGGCA